UUUCCAUAGGUUUGAGUAUCCUGGUCCUUGUUAGAGCUCCAUUCUUGAUCUGUUCAGAAUAGUUACUGUAUUUCUUUUCGUAGCUUGCUCUGCCAAGGGUGGGGCUUGUGGACCAUUGAAAGGUUUUGAAAGCUAUGAGUCAUAUUGCUGAAGGCAGAACUUUUGAGGCAGAGUAUUUAUGCGAAGGCACAAUAUGCUGUUAUUAACAGCAGAAGGAACUGAGUAUCAGUCAGAAAUCAGUCCCUGAUUACAGAAAUACAGAACCAAGAGAAAGAUAGGAUGGGCACUGCUGGAAAAGUUAUUAAAUGCAAAGCAGCUGUGCUGUGGGAACAGCAUAAACCUUUCUCCAUUGAGGAAAUUGAAGUUGCCCCACCAAAGGCUAAAGAAGUUCGCAUUAAGAUUUUGGCCACAGGAAUCUGUCGCACAGAUGACCACGUGAUCAAAGGAGCAAUGGUGUCUAAGUUUCCAGUAAUUGUGGGACAUGAAGCAACUGGGGUUGUAGAGAGCAUUGGAGAAGGAGUCACCACGGUGAAACCAGGUGACAAGGUCAUCCCUCUCUUUCUGCCACAGUGUAGACAGUGCAAUGCUUGCCGCAGCCCAGAUGGCAACCUGUGCAUUCGGAGCGACGUUACUGGUCGUGGAGUCCUAGCCGACGGCACUACCAGGUUUAGCUGCAAGGGCAAGCCGGUCUAUCACUUCAUGAACACCAGCACGUUUACUGAGUACACGGUGGUGGAUGAAUCUUCCGUGGCCAAGAUUGACGAUGCCGCUCCUCCUGAGAAAGUCUGUUUAAUCGGCUGUGGAUUUUCCACUGGAUAUGGGGCUGCUGUUAAAACUGGCAAGGUCAAACCUGGUUCUACUUGUGUUGUCUUUGGUCUGGGAGGAGUUGGCCUGUCUGUCAUCAUGGGCUGUAAAUCAGCUGGUGCUUCCAGGAUCAUUGGGAUUGACCUCAACAAAGACAAAUUUGAGAAAGCCAUGGCUGUUGGAGCCACCGAGUGCAUCAGCCCCAAGGACUCUACCAAGCCCAUCAGUGAGGUGCUGUCAGAAAUGACAGGCAACAAUGUGGGCUACACCUUUGAAGUUAUUGGGCGUCUUGACACUAUGAUUGAUGCCCUGGCAUCCUGCCAUAUGAACUAUGGGACCAGCGUGGUGGUGGGCGCUCCUCCAUCAGCCAAGAUGCUCACCUUUGACCCAAUGCUGCUUUUCACAGGACGCACGUGGAAGGGAUGCGUCUUUGGAGGUUGGAAAAGCAGAGAUGAUGUCCCAAAACUAGUGACUGAUUUUAUGGCAAAGAAAUUUGAUCUGGACCAGUUGAUAACUCAUGUUUUACCUUUUAAAAAAAUCAAUGAAGGAUUUGAACUGCUCUAUUCAGGUCAAAGCAUUCGAACUGUCCUGACGUUUUGAGACUCUAACUUCCAGGAGGUCUGUGUUGGGUGCUGGUAAUCUGGAGCGACACUGUCUGCAGUUCCCUCCUCUGAAAUGAUGGAUCUGUCUCACAAUACAAGCACAAGUAGA